UUGUCGGAAAACAUGACAUCGCUAUCAAACGAUUAGUUUUUCUUUGAGUUGUGGUCGAUUCAGUAUGUACAGCCCAUGUAUUAUCCUCAUAAUGAUAAAAAAUGACGUGCCGACAUUUUGUCGCCUUUCUUUUGAUUUAUGAAUGUGCGAAAAUUUUGGACAGUUUUGGUGUGUGGCAAUGCAGAUAACAUAAUGAUAGACUAUUAACAGAUCGACUUGACUUAUCGGUAUAGUGUGGCUACUUUAUUUUACAGUGUAAAGGGUAGCCUACAACUUUAUAGCCUAUUAAAUAAACGGAUAAGAAUAAACUAAAACUACAUUGCAACUUUAAUUGUUAUAGACUACGAAUGUUUAAAAACCAAUGACAAAAACAACUUUAUUUUCUGUUUUGUUUGUGUAUUGAAAGGCUAUUAUUCGUUAGUUUCCGUAGUUUAAAUGUUAAACCAUACAUGAGACAUGCAAUUAAUGAUGUCUAUUUGAGCCACGUUUUGUCAUUUGGUUACAUUUCUUGCGAGUUAUGAGAUAACAUGUUUAAAUCAAUGUAAUGUAAUGUAUAUUAUCAAAUGAAACGCAAUCAGCGCUGUCCAUGCUUUUAAAGCAAUUACACAUGGGUGCUUUAUGGGUGGUUUUCCCUGCCCUGCAGCUCGUGUUUGAGAUUCUCUUUAGUGUGUUUGAGUGGCAGUUGGUGAAAAGUCAUUGGCUCUUCAGAGGGGCAGAGUCACGUCAAUCACUCGCAUCCCGCACCGGGAAUAAGAGACGGUGUGUGAGAGACGGGCGGCUGUUCGCUCUUUCACUGGUGUUUGUCUUGCACUGUUAACCGGACGCGAUAAAGGAGGCCACAUCAUGCUUCUGUAAAAUUGCUACAGUCGCUGUCUUAUUGACCGUUUGCAUUGUGAAAUGCGAAUGUUUAAAUUCUCAUACGGAUUACGGACAUCAAUUAUAUUCUGUAGCGUUUGGACAUCUCCGACAGCGAGCGGGGACUAACAUCUCCAGUCAGUGGUCUCCAAAGAAUGGAAAAGAGUCUUCUGCCUGAACCAAGCAACAUUGUGAUGGCCACUCCACCGAGUUCAUUUCAGCAGGAACCCUUGACACCCCCAAGAUCCAACCACUCUUCCUCCCUCAAGCCCAAUCAAGUUGGGCAAGUCAUCCUUUAUGGGGUGCCUAUCGUCUCACUGGUCAUUGACCACCAGGAGCGGUUAUGCCUGGCACAGAUAUCUAAUACGCUCUUGAAGAACUACAGCUACAACGAGAUUCAUAAUCGUCGCGUGGCUUUGGGCAUAACCUGCGUCCAGUGCACCCCAGUACAGCUAGAGAUCCUUCGGCGGGCGGGCGCCAUGCCCAUCUCGUCACGCCGCUGUGGCAUGAUCACCAAACGGGAAGCUGAGCGACUCUGCAAGUCUUUCCUGGGUGAGAAUUCGCCACCCAAGCUGCCAGACAACUUUGCCUUUGACGUGAUGCAUGAAUGCGCCUGGGGCUGUCGAGGAAGUUUCAUCCCAGCACGCUACAACAGCUCAAGGGCUAAAUGCAUCAAGUGCUCCUACUGUAAUAUGUACUUCUCCCCUAACAAAUUUAUCUUCCACUCACACCGCACACCUGAGGCCAAGUACACGCAGCCAGACGCCGCCAACUUCAACUCCUGGCGUCGGCACCUUAAAUUGACGGAGAAAAUCCCACAAGAGGAUCUGAUGUUUGCCUGGGAGGAUGUAAAAGCCAUGUUCAACGGUGGAAGCCGCAAGAGGGCACUCCCUUCCUCUAACUGCUCGCCCAUGGGCCCCAUAAAGGCCGUCAACUCAGUUCUGCCCCACAUGAUCUCUCCAGAACUGGCCCAGAAGAGAGGCAGGUAUGAGGACGAUGACGAUUUGGACACCAGUAGCCUUUCACCCCGUAAAGCCCCUCGCAGUUACCCGGUUAUUCCGGUCCCUAGCAAAGGUUUCAGCAUGUUGCAGAAGUUCCCACCAACAUCACUAUUCCCCAGUCCCUACACUUUCCCUGCAUUUGGCCUGUGUCCCCAAAAGAAGGACGACACUGAGGCAACCAAUGGACAGAAAAACAGUGGCCUUUCAGGACUUCUAUGGCCCGGACGCAAGGACACUUUUUACCCACCCUUUUGCAUGUUCUGGCCCCCAAGGGCAACAGGGGGCAUUCCAGUACCCACUUAUCUCCAACCUCAACCUAAUGCUCUUACAUCGCUCACAGAAAGCCCUUCUCUCAGGCAAGCCUUUUUGGACCUGUCUGAACAGGGCGAUGCUAGUUCUGGCUUAGACACUAACCCCAGAUCUGGUCUGUUCGAGAGUGACUGCCCUCCCGUGACCUCUGACCUGCGACCUGCCUCAGAGGGCUGGCUAAAGCUGCUAGAUGCACCCUCGCUUCAAACCCGCAAGGCCAGUUACCAUUCAGCCUUCCGUCCAGUAGUUAAAGACACGGAAAGUAUUGCCAAGCUCCAUGGCAGCCUCGAGGACUUCGGCCCAGAAAGACACCUUUCCCCUGGCACCAGCUGCAGUUAUCAGAGCGAUAGCGGGGAGAGCGAUGAGGAGCAGGAGGUGGAUGUGGAGACGAAACAGGAUGAGGAACAGGAGGACUUCAGCAGCCAUACAGCACAGACUCCACCACAGACACUGCAGCAGCCAUGCGGACUCCACAUACGCAGACCCUCUGAUAGCGCAGUUGAACAGGCCAAAGAUCAAGCUUCCUUUCCAUCCAUUCCCAGCGAGACCUUAGCAGAGGACAAACCCACCCUCGCUGUCAGUCCGCCUGCCAUUCUCAAAGUCCCCAGCCCUGUUCAUGGCUCGCUGGAGGAAAGCCCUGCGUGCAAAAAUGCUCACAAGAGCAGAGACGAUGGGCUGCCGGCCUAUGCAACCAAAAACAAGACAACCAUGUCAGAUGACAACAAAGAACAAAGCAGUUUUUUCAUCCCUGAUACAGAAACGUCUGCUCCUGAAUACUGGCGAGAGAAUCCAACAGAUCCAAGUAAAGACCCAAACUCUCCCGUGUCUCUUAAGAAGGAUGUUGAGAACAUGGAAAAAGAGGAACUGCAGAAGGUUCUCCUCGAGCAGAUAGAUUUAAGGAGGAGACUCGAGCAAGAGUUUCACGCUCUUAAAGGCAGCGCUCCAUUCCCAGUUUUCCAUAACUUUCAGGACCAAAUGAAGAGAGAACUGGCUUACAGGGAAGAGAUGGUACAACAGUUACAGAUGAUUCCCUAUGCAAACAUUAUUAGAAAAGAAAAGGUUGGGACACAUCAAAACAAAAGCUAAAUGGUAACAUCGUGUAAAAACAUAAAUAAAGCUGCUCUCAACAUUUUUCGAUACACAGAAGUUAAACCAUUCAGAUCAUCAUAAGGAUUCAUCACGCACAAUGGAAGAAACCUGUUCCUUUGCACCACGAGCUGCUUUCACUGAAUCAAAAUGUCAAAUGCUGUCAUUGAUACGGCCCCAUCAAAUAAUGUCAAUUUCAUCAGUGAAGCCAAAUGACAUCAAUCUACUGAGAUACAGGACAAUAUGCAUCUACAGUGAUUUAUAAUUUAUAUGUCCUAUUUCCUGUACAGUAACCCCAUUUGGGUUAUUUAUGAACUCAUUUAAGUUUAUUUAUUUAUUUACAUUCACUUAUUUAUUAAUAUCUGCAAACUGUACAAUAAUAUAAGCUAAAGGUUGUAAAUAGAGGCACAAAAAGGAGGUUGUGGGGGAAACAGGUUGCUCUGUACUGUACUGUGGUCUAAGAGCAAUUUGAAAGUGUAAAUCUUUCUUGUUUUGCCUGUUUAAAUAAAACAUUGACAUAAACACAAGAUUUAAAAAAAAGUUAUUGACUGUUCAUGCAAAUGUAUUUAAAAAUGUUCUUGUAGUUUCUCUACUAUUUAUGUGGAUAAUUAAAGUCUAUAAUAUGAAAACACAAUUGUUGACUGCUUAUCCUUUAGAGAAAAUUCCUACUGGUAUUUUGUAAAUAACAAUAAAAUAAUUUAAUAAUGGUGUAAUAAUGUAUUAAAAAACGAUUAUUUAAAAAGGUACAAUUGUUAUAUUAUGUAUCACAUACACACACAUUGUUUCCAUGUUUUAUGGGAACUUAGAUGUCUUCACACUCCUCC